GUGAAUUCAGACUCCAUUUUACAGUCACAGAGCAGAAGGAGGAAAACUAGGCUGACUGAAGAUGAGUGGUUUGGGGUCAGAGGAGGACCGAGCCGAGUCUCCAAGAUCAAACCGUCUGUCUCUGAAGAGAGAUCAUUCCACGGAUUAUUCUCCAGUCUCUGGUCAUGAACCUGGACCAUCACAGAGAAAAGGUCAGCAGCAUAGACACAGAGUAGAGUCUCCAGGAUCCAGUUGUCUGUCUGUGAAGAGUGACCAUUCCAGAAAUUAUCCUCCAGUCUUCAGUCAAGAACUUGGACCCUCAGACACUAAAGAUCAGCAGCAAAGACACAAAGUAGAGUCUCCAGGAUCCAGCUGUCCUUCUGUGGAGAGUGACCAUUCCAGAAAUUAUCCUCCAGUCUUCAGUCAGGAACUUGGACCCUCAGACACAAAAGAGAAGAGUCAUGUUCAUGUGGAUGAGAAGCUGUUAAGUUGUGUUUUAUGUCAGAACGUCCUGAAAGACCCCGUCUCUACCAGCUGUGGACACUGGUUCUGCAGACAGUGCAUCACCUCUUACUGGGACCAGUCUGCUUCAUCAGGAGACUCCCCCUGUCCCCAGUGUGGAGAAAGAUCCAGGACUAGAGCUGGACUGCAGACAAUCAGUCAGAGCAGCUGUCUACAAAAAGAUGUUGAUCUGCAGGAGGUUUUAGAUGAACAUAAAAUUAAUUUGAGGUGGAGGUCUGAACAUGUGCUUGAAGGAACUCAUGAAACGGGAAGUAGCAUCCUCCUCAACAGGAUCUACACUGAGCUCUACAUCACAGAGGGACAGUGUGAAGAGGUUCAUAUACAACAUGAGGUGACACAGCUGGAGACAGCUUCCAAGAUAAAAACCCUCCAUGACACACCAAUUAGGUGCCAGGACAUCUUUAAAGCCUUACCUGACCAUCAGAGACCAAUAAGAGUGGUUCUGACGAACGGCGUCGCUGGUGUUGGAAAGACUUUCUCAGUACAGAAGUUCACUCUGGACUGGGCAGAAGGUUUGGAGAACCAAGACAUCGGUGUAGUGAUUCUGCUUUCAUUCAGGGAGCUGAACCUGAUCAGAGAUGAGCAGUACAGUCUUCUGGAGCUGCUCCAUGUUUUCCAUCCAACAUUACAGAAGGUCACAGCAGAGCAGCUCGCUGUCUGUAAACUUUUGUUCAUCUUUGAUGGCCUGGAUGAAAGCAGACUUUCACUGGAUUUCACCAACAGGAAGCUCAUGUCUGAUGUCACACAGAAGUCAUCAGUCAGUGAGCUGCUGACAAACCUCAUUGAGGGGAAUCUGCUUCCCUCGGCUCUCAUCUGGAUAACUUCCCGACCUGCAGCAGCCAGUCAGAUCCCUCCUACAUAUAUUAACAGGAUGACAGAAGUACGAGGCUUCACUGACGCCCAGAAGGAGGAGUACUUCAGGAGGCGAUUCAGUGAUGAAGAGCUGUCCAGCAGAAUCAUCUCACACAUGAAGACAUCCAGGAGCCUCCACAUCAUGUGUAGAAUCCCAGUCUUCUGCUGGAUCACUGCUACAGUUCUGGAGCACAUGUUGACUACAGAGCAGAGAGGGGAGCUGCCCAAGACCCUGACUGACAUGUACUCACAUUUCCUGCUUGUCCUGGUAAAAAAGAAGCAGCACAAGUACCAAAAAGAACAUGAGACAAGUCCACAGGAGCUGACAGCAGCUGACAGGGAAGUUCUUCUAAAGCUGGGGAGGCUGGCCUUUCAACAUCUGGAGAAAGGAAACAUCAUGUUCUACCAAGAAGACCUGGAGCAGUGUGGUCUAAAUGUCACAGAGGCCUUAGUGUACUCAGGAGUUUGUACAGAGAUCUUCAAAAGAGAGUGUGUGAUCUUCCAGAAACCAGUCUACUGCUUUGUUCAUCUGAGCAUUCAGGAGUUUCUUGCUGCUGUCUAUAUGUUCCACUGUUACAGUAACAGCAAGGAAGAGGUGCUGGAGGACUUCCUUGGAAAGGACAUCUCAUCUCUAGAUGUGUUUCUCAGCAAAGUCAUGGAGAAAUCUCUCCAAAGUAAGAAUGGCCACCUGGAUCUGUUUGUUCGCUUCCUUCAUGGCCUCUGUCUGGAGUCCAACCAGAAACUCUUAGGAGGCCUGCUGGGUCAGAAAGAGAUCUGUCCAGAAAUUAUCCAGCGAGUCAUUAAUAUCUUGAAGCAGAUGACAGCUAGCAAUGUCUCUCCUGACAGAAGCAUUAACAUCUUCCACUGUUUGAUAGAAAUGAAUGAGCUCUCAGUAUAUCAGGAGAUCCAAGAGUUUCUGGAGUCAGAAAACAGAUCAGAAAGGAAACUCUCUGAGAUCCAGUGCUCAGCUCUAGCCUACAUGCUGCAGAUGUCAGAUGAAGUUCUGGAUGAGUUGGACCUGAAGAAGUACAACACAUCAGCAGAGGGACGGCGGAGACUGAUUCCAGCUGUGAGGAAUUGCAGAAAAGUUCGACUUUCUGGCUGUGCACACCAUGGACUCCCAGAGGGUCAUAGUGAAAUCAUGGCCUCAGCUCUGAAGUCCAAUCCUUCCCAUGUGAGAGAGCUGCACCUGAUUAAAAACAACAACAUGCAGGAUUCAGAAAUGAAACAGCUCUGUGCUGGUCUGGAGAGUUCAAACUGUAAACUGGAGACACUAAGAUUAGUGCGGUGCGGAUUGUCGGCAAUCAGCUGUGCUGCUCUUGUUUCUGCUCUGAAGUCCAAUCCCUCCCAUCUGAAACAUCUGGACCUGAGUAGAAAUAACCUACAGGAUUCAGAAGUAAAACUGCUGUGUGGUUUUCUGGAGAGUCCAGACUGUAGAGUGGAGACCCUGAACUUGAGUAACUGCAGUUUGUCGGAAAUCAGCUGUGCUGCUUUGGUCUCUGCUCUGAAGUCCAACCCGUCCCAUCUGAAACAUCUGGACUUAAGGGAAAACAACCUGCAGGAUUCAGCCAUGAAAGAGCUGUCUGAUCUUGUGAAGAGUCAACACUCCAGACUGGAGGAUCUGAGAUGGAAGUGAUGGUAAGCAUGAUGGGGUGUAUGCUGAGAGAGGAUAAGUUAUUUUCUGAUGAUCCCGAGAAGCUGAGACUCCAGAAGCUUGUGUCUAGAGACAGGCUGACAGGGCAAACAUUUCCACUGUCAGAAACAAUUCACAGCACACUGUCAUCCCUGUGUGACCUCUGGAUCUGACAGAGCAUCAUUUGUGGAUCUGGACUGCUCUGUCUUUCUACAUAUUCUUUGCCGACACAUUGGGAUGCCAAUCCUUCUGCUCCAAUAGAGACACAAAAGUUCUGGGGUCUUUUUAAAGAACAAAGUAAUUGAAAAACUAAAAUUUACACUGAAAUGCAAAAUUUCAAUCUUUAAAUUAUACCAGUGUUUAUUUCUCCUCUGUAUCAAAUUAAUUAAUUAAAUUGGUACAGAUUAUUUAAACUGCCAUAUAUUCUAGGAUACUGAUGCUUAGAAGUAAUUAUAAGGGGGAAAAUUGUGUUAACCAAAGGCCAAAUUGUGUCUUUACACUUGUAGUGUAAAAUUAAUUUUGUUGCGUUUUUAAAGUUGUAAGUUUAAAUCUUUUUUAAGCCCUGAAAUUUUCAGAUGGAUGUCUGCUGUAGUCUUAAAGCUAUGACAGCUCAAAAAUGUAAGAAUAAAAACAAAGUACCAAA